CUUGCUGCUGAGGUCACGUCCAAAAAAGUUAAGUUUGUCUCACGGUGCCAGGAACAGACUCUGGCUCUAUACAAAGUCUACCAAGUGAGCAAGUGAGCAGUACCUGACUGUCUACCAGGGCUACUUCUGCAUGGCCUCGAGCAACAAGUCAUGGCCAGAGGUACUCGCUGAAAUAGUAAAGCUCACCAAAGAAAACCCAAAGCUGCUUUCCCAAGUGCGAGAGCUACGUGCCACGCAAGACCUGAAUGAACGCGCAUGGGCAGCAGCGCGUGCCAAGAUCCAGCAGGAUUUUGUUAAGAAGCGAGAAGCCAAUACAGUCAUCCGUGCUGUCGGUGGAUCAGCUGAUGACGCGCUCAUUGAUGCAGAAGAGAAAGCCACGCUCAGAAAGUAUGAUGAAAAGCUCAUCGUUGCCUUUAAGCAGAUGCUCGCAGCGCAGCAGCAAGCGCUCAUAGGACUCGGUUUGCCGAUGCCCAGUGAUCAUGAAGACAUGCACAAAGUUGGACAAUUACUAGACACACUGCUCGGCACGGAUGAUUGAACUCUGCUCUAUGAAUGGCUCGUGACGUACUCACGGUAGUCGACACCCUGCAAGCAGACGUGAAAGUGUUCAAGAGCCCCAAUGCUCUUGAGACUGGGCGGAUUGAAAAAG